AAAGGAUUAGGCUGGUGAACUACUAACCAGAUGGCCACCAUAAUUUAGAAAAGUCCUUCUUCUGCAACAAAUAAUUUGCUGCCGCUUUGAUACAUUUCUUGCGUUAGUCCCAAUGCCAUUAAAAAAGCAGAGAGAGAAUUUGAGGCAAGGCUGUACUGUUCACCAGAAAAAAGGGCAACUCCACUGCAGACGCGAGACGGCUACAGCAGCAGAGGAGUUAAUAAAGGGAAGCGACUUAUCACAAGAGAGCAUGUGCAGAUGGACUGCAUGUAUAAAAUGGGUGGCAGGCUGAUUUAAUCUACAGUACAGUACCUGCCAUACCAGAGAGGAAGAGAAUAGAAAGCGGAGCAACAUUCCCGGACAGCCCCCACCAUGUCCCUGCCCUGAGGUAGGUGUGCUGUAAUGCUGCAAGGUGCACGGUUAUGUGAUGAUGCCGGAUGUGUAGCCCUGCAUUUUCUACUGCACUUGUGAUGGACACAGCGGUGACCCAGAAGCAGUUGUGCAAAACAAACAUUUGCCAACAAGACUCCCUGACAUUCUCACUGUUUAAGAAAGAAGAAAAAGAAUCUGCUGGGAUCAAGUGUUUGUGUUGAAGCUGCACAUCAUCUUGGAUUCUGGGGGCCCAGUGAGGUCCUUCAUCAACACUGCGCAUUGUUAGCCCUAUAUUUUGUUGUUUCUGCCAAUUUGUUUGAAAGAAACCUUACAUUGCGUGGGACACCAGAACUGGAAGCAUGGCACCCCCAGAGCCCCUUACUGCUCUGUCCCGUUGGUACCUCUAUGCAAUUCAUGGUUAUUUCUGUGAAGUAAUGUUUACAGCGGCGUGGGACUUUGUGGUCAACUACAACUGGAAAUUUCCUGGAGUUACCAGUGUGUGGGCGCUAUUUAUUUAUGGCACCUCUAUCCUCAUCGUAGAGAAGAUGUAUUUAUAUUUAAAAGACAAGUGUAACAUUUUAAUAAGAUGUUUUAUUUAUACCCUGUGGACAUAUAUGUGGGAGUUCAGCACAGGUCUAAUUUUACGACAGUUUAAUGCUUGCCCCUGGGACUACUCACAGUUUGAUUUUGACUUCAUGGGUUUGAUUACCCUGGAAUAUGCCAUUCCAUGGUUUUGUGCAGCCUUCAUCAUGGAACAACUUGUUAUCCGGAACACCCUGCGUUUACGUUUUGAUGAACAUGCAGAGCGGGGUUCGCCAGUUAUGUCCACUGGUUCUAUGGCUAAUGGUCAUGUUAAAUGUAAUUAAUGAUUUAAUACUGUGAAUCAGAAAUGCAACACUAAUGUUACCAUUGUUUCCAAGUCUCAAGGUCUCAUUACGCACAGCAAUAUACUGUAACUCGCAUGAAAGUCUCUUUUAUUACCAUCCAUUUGUUUUGGCUGCAAGUGAAAAUGUGUCAAUAGCUUCUUUCUCAGCUAGGGCCUGUGACAUUUAUAAGUAUAUUUUCUGCCUUCUCUUCAAUCACCAAAAUAUAGCCUAUGGUAUAAAAACCUUAAGUCUUGCUUACCAUUAAAUAUAUGCCUUUUAUUGUUUAAAUACCAAACCUUCUAAAUUGCCCCAUUUUCAAUAAAUUGUAAUACUCUACAGAAUGAGAGAAUACUGACUGUUGAUACCUCUGGGGAAAUGUAUCUCUAUUAAGUGAUAUUAAUACAAACUAUUUUUAGCAGGGGAUUAUUGUGAAGUGGUGUGGUAUCGGAAAAAAAGCCAUGGAAUCAUGAUUUAUGUGCAGGCUAAAUUGACAGUUAUAUGUAACAGUGAUACAAGGCAGAUUUUGAUCGAUGGGACUUUCUGGUAACUAUGAAUUGUUUUGAGAAGUUUAGGAGCAAGUGUCUCAGGCUAAAUUGACAGUUAUAUGUAACAGUGAUACAAGGCAGAUUUUGAUCGAUGGGACUUUCUGGUAACUAUGAAUUGUUUUGAGAAGUUUAGGAGCAAGUGUCUCAUUUUACAUGCAUUCUUUUUUUAUUUUUUCCCUUGAGAUGGUUUAUUUGGGUAAAUUUUCUGUUUUGAUUUAAUAGCUGCAGAAAUGGUAUUACCUGCACAAAUAAUGUAUUACUGAAAAGGAAAGAUUGCAAUAUAUUUAUAAAAUCACUUGAUCUUUCCCAAAAAUCUCUUAACAGGGAAUUCCAAAUACGGUGCUAUGAUAUCUAUAGCAAAAGCAAUGUAUGGUAUUCAAGAGAUAGCUGCACUAGGUAUUCCCUUGCCUUACUGCUUAGUCCAUGUGUGUGGGACCUGGAUGGAGACUGUUGAUUUUGGCAACCAUUCUGGAAGAGCAAUGGCAUACUUACUUAAAUUAAAGGAAGACACGAUUGUUCUUCUACACACACCACUCAUGCCACCCACAAUCACAUUGUUUGUAGGUUGCGUUAAAAAAAACCAGGUCUUGUAUUAGCUUUUGUGUUGUUGAGUGUAAUACAUAUGGAGGGGCAGUGCUGUUGAAUAUGAUGACCCUUUAUAAACAAUAACCAGGGUCUUUUUUUGUCCUGGAUAUAUAUAGUGUAUAGGGAUGGAGAGAAGAGGGCUAAGCAAAAUAUUCUCCAUAAAAUGAUAAAAUGCACAGCAGUUGUAAAUGGAUUAGGGACAGCCAGAUGAUGCCGUUCUUUUUUAAUGACUGGAGGCUUACAUUUCCAUGUUUUAUAUUCUUGUGCCUCAUAGUAUGAUCACUGACCAUGCAUAAUAUCCAAAGGCUCCCUUGUACGUACAUCACCUGGAAAAAGGCAUGCAAACAGUGCAUGUUGCUGCUAAUAUUGUACGUCUUCCUGUCUUGAUAUUGCUAACUAAAUUCCCCGAUCAGAAUACUUGAGUUGCAUGGUGAUUUAUAUAUAUUUCUAUUUUUCUACUGAGUACCAACGUUAUCAAUAAAAGCAAAGGCCCGUCAGCCAGGCACUCAGGGUUUUAUUACUUCUAGUAGGAAUUGCGGAUAAUGCAUCAGCAUUUUCUCAAAUCAGGCAAUAGUGGGGGAAUUUAUGUUCUUUUGAUAAAAAACCCUUCUGCAAAUAGUGCAGCUUCCCUAACACAGCUUUAUACAAUUUCAAGAAGGGAAAUUGAAAAACACUUGUUAUUUUUAAUAAUACAUUUAAAUUGCCAUUAGCAAGAAGGGAAGGGAAAAUGUAUGAUUUUUUUAAAGGGCACCUGUCAUUGCUAUUAAAUUUUUUUAAAUAUUUUCUCCUAUUUUUAGACUUCCUCAACCUAAAAGUUUGUUUCUCCUGAAAAUAACUCAACAUUGCUGUAUGCAAAUGUUAGUUCGUGUUAGUAGUUUGUGUUAGAAUCAGCCAUUUAUACCACUGAAAAAAAUGUUGAGGAACCAAUAACUAUGAAGCAGAUGAAUUAAACUGCUACUGUUUUUGCAGAAAUAAUAAGGGCUCUGCAUAUAAAUUCAGUGCUGUAGCAAAAAGAUAGUUUUUGCUCUUUUGUAAACCCAAAAUAUUGGUAUGUUAUACUUCAGGAUGGGUACGUAUGAUGGCGAAUGGGCUUGCUUUUGUCCUCAUUUGAUCCGUAGUAUACAGAACAUCUUGAGUAUAGUGCAUAGUAUGGGUUAUACUUUAUGGGUUCAAUUCAUUUAAAUAGAUACUGUCAUCACACAAUUACUCUUUUUUAUCUGUAGUUCCCCGUGUACUAUAUAUUAUUUCACAUAACCUUAAAUAACAGUGUUCUGUUUCCUGGUAAAUAAUACAGUUUUUCAUAUUAUGUAUGCAAAUUAUGUAUGUACUUUGUUUACAUUCUUCUCCUUCUACUUGAGCUAACCUUAGAGCACCAGCCUGGUCUUCUAUUUAAAGGGAUACUAUCAUAGAUAAUUUUGAUCACCAUCUUAAAGUAAAACAGUAUUAUAACACAAUAGUUUCUUUGAAUUAGUUAUCACAUUGGUAAAAAUGUAUUGUACAUACUUUCUCCAUGCUCUUUUUUUCAAUCAGGAACAUCACUGUCAAUGGGCAACUAAGAGAUGAGCUCAAAUCAAUCAUAAGGCCACACCCUGAAGUGUAUAUGUCAGUUGAUAACUUAGAGGCCUCUUUACCAACAUGCAUCAAGUAAAUUUUUUGGAGGGGGGGGAUUUACAUUUCCAUUACAAUUUAUUCCACCAUGAAAAUAGUGUCCCUAUAAAAGCUUUCUUAUAGACUUCUCUUCUUUUUAAAAUAUCCUUCUAUACGUUAAAUAGAAUUGAAGAAAUUAAAUAACAAAAUACACUUUUGAGAAAAGAUCUUGGAGCCACUGUAUGUAUACACCUUCAAAAAUUAGACUGUUAAUAUAAAUGGUAAAAUCUCAUAUAUAGGCAUGAGCAAAUGUUUUCGCCGCAGAAAUGAUGCCCAUAGACUUCAAUGGGAGAAAAAAAACGUGCAUCGAAAAAAAAAAUGUGCGUCAAAAACAUUUGUAGCUCAUAGAUUAAUGCAUUUCGGCGAGUAUUUGCCGGCGGCAAUAUUUUGCCGAAACAGGUUGAAUGUGGUGUUCUAAUGGCGUAAAAUCACACCUGUUUUUUUUUUUUGUGAAUUACGUUUUACACAGCAUAAUAAAUAUGCCCCUAACUGUGCAAAAUGUGAGGACAGAGAACUAAACACAUGUUGUGUAACAUUUUGGACAGGUCCAAUAGCCCAGUCAGUUGGUUUAGGUGUGUGCACAAAUUUUGAGGCCAGCACACACAAAAAAUCGUGGAGUGCACAAAGAAUUUUGUGUUAAACACAAAAGUUAAAAAUGUGCGCAAAAAAAGAGUUUUUGCACACAUAGCCAAGAAGGAAUUAGAGGGAACAUUGCACAUAAGUCACAACAAUUGCACAGGCAAAUCUGCAUCUGGGCAGUAACUCAUGACAACCUGCAGCUGAUUGAAAAAUAAUAAUUUUCUAUGGGUUACUGCCAAGUGCACCAUUGCCUAGCAUGCCUCAAUGAACAAUGGUUUGUUUAAAGGCUUUUGUCAUAGUAGUCGGAAGGAUUAUUAAAUUAAUUAAUUUGUGAAUAUGUUAGUGUAUCGUCACAACAUGCAAGGCUAAGUCAAUUGGCCAUUCGAUUCAAAACAGUAAGCAAUCAUCAACUACAGCCUUUAUAAACCAUUUGGUUUGGGUACAAUGCAUUAAGCCAUAUAUGUUGGUGUCCCUUCAUUUCACAAUUGCUUGUACAGGUACGAAAUUUAUAUUCCUUGGGUUUUCCAGAUAAGAGAUCUUUCUGUAAUUUGGAUCACCAUACCUUAAAUCUGCUAAAAAUCAUUUAAAUGUUAAAUAAACCCAAUAGGAUUGUUUUGCCACAAAAGUUUGAUUUUUUUUGCAGCUAAGUUGCCACAAGUAUAAUAUACUGUUCUAGUAUUACAGAGAAAAAAGGAAUUUUUUUU